GGAAAAUAUUGCAUAUAUUUGUGAAGUUAUGAUGAAGGAAUUUAGAAUCUACCGCUUAAUAAGAUUGUCUUCUACAUGUGGAAUAACCUGGCGACAUUCAUAUAGACCAAAAUGUAAAUACUCAACCGGAACCAGUACUAUUCAACAUGGUAAUGCAGUGAUGCAUAUGUUGUCCAAUUUGAAAAGACAAGAUGCAAUUGUUUUAGCUAAUAGGGUUACCAAAUCUAUGACAAAGUAUAAGACAUACGUGCAGAGUCAAUUCGAUGAUGCGCUUGUUAAAGCAAGAUCACAGCAUCCUCGCCAUGUCAUUGUUGUACUGAACGAUGAGGGUUAUAUCGCAUACGGUGUCGACGCAGUAAUAUGCGUAGAAUAUGGUAUCAUGCCCCCUAAAGAUAAUAUGACUCAUGUUGUCAUAUCCCAAGAACGACUAGAGCAGCUAAUGAAAAGUUUAGAGAAGGAUAGCAUUCAUAUUGCCAUUUACAAAACCAUAACAACGUUAGAAUGGCCAUCUGAUAAUGAUCAUUAUAUGGUACUCAAGAAAAGCCUCAUAUAUUCACAUGAGGCGUCGGCCGCUGAAACAAAUACACCUAUAGCAAAGCCUAACCACACUCCACAUAAGAACUUCUCGGCAGUUGGAAUCACACAUAACAAAACUGGAUAUAGCAUAUCUAUAAUUGAUCCGGUGAAUCGAACGCUAUUUAUAAGAGAUCAUCUAACUACCACAGGAGCGAUGACCCUUCUUCAAAAUACAGAGCAUACGGUUGUUAUAUUCCAACAAGGUAACGUUUCAGUGAAAAAUUUACUAAUGCAAAUACCAACCAUACAACGUUGCGAACAAAUACAGGUACAUGGGAGCACAGAAGCCUUCCACGAAACAGUGUGCCGUAAUAUAAAAAUACGUUUAGGAAUCAAUAGUAAAUUCAAAGUGAAACGCAUGGUUGUAUCAUGUGAAAUGCCUAACCCCCUGAAUAAACUCACAGCAUUAGCAUUGGGUUUAGACCAACGUGACUGUAGUAAGGAAUCGCCCAAGGGACUCGAUAGAUAUAUGCUGCCAGAUAAUUCGCAGCGAUAUAUGAAGACUUAUAUGCUGUACAUGCUUUCACAUUUAUCUGACCCAAAUAUUGCUGCUAACGUUAAAUAUGUCGUGGAAAAACUGGCAACAACACAAGUAUCUAUUUUAUAUGAGGCACCAAUAACACCAAAUAAAAUUAAGUGCAUUGUUUCUCAAUAUAAAAUUGACACCGUUAUAAUGACGGAACUGCAACAUACACUGGAUGCAUAUCUGUAUUACAGUCGUUCAUUACCUAACACCAUAAAAAAGAAAAUUCAUGUUAUUGCCGCCAGCGAUUUAAAUCUUGCUUCCAAUAUAGAUAAACUAACAGAAGAUGUAGAAAUAUGCCAACAAGUCAUUAGAAAUGUUAUGCACAACAAUAGAAUUAUUCCAUCUACAGGUAUCCACGCACUGGACGAACUUUUCCAAAAAGAAGAAUCCACAUUUAAUGGGAUGCAUCCUUCAUACAUCGUGAAAGAAUUAUACCAAGUGGACAUUGCAGCAUGUCAGCUUAUUCAGGCGGUAGCUACAUAUUUCAUCACUGUUCCAGAAAUGGCAGCAAUCGAUAUUACCCAACCGUCAAAAUGGAGAAGUUACAUUGCUACUGAACUGCAAACUCACAUUGCAAAUACAGAGUCUUCAAAUAUAGUAAUUAAUGAUAAUUACGUAAUAUUUAAAAAAAUCACCAAUGUGGAACACCACAAGAAUCUUCGAAGCACUGAGGCCGUUAUAGACAAUCAACUAAUCACAGGUUAUAUUAACAACGAAGUCACUCAAGCUAUGUUAAAUUACCGUAAUAGAUGCUCGAUUGCAAAGUAUAAGGCACAACAAGCGCUCUCUCAAAGGGCAAGGAUAUUAGCUAAAUAUGCACAAAAUCUGGUGCUAGCGUCUCAUUGUGUAGUUGUUGUACAGACACUAGCAGCUCACGUCUCAAUGGCUACGGCUAAGGGGUGGUCACAUCCAAACAUAUCACCCGACAGAACCAUAAUCUAUAAAAACUUGAUUCCGCACAUGGAUGACCAAGAUGAAGCUAUACCACUCACUGUAUCUCUUAGUGGUGUUAACAUAAUUAGAGGGAGCAACAAUUCCGGAAAGUCUACAAUUCUCUCCGCAAUCCUUGCGGCAACUGUAGCAGCACAAUCAGGACUGUAUGUACCUUGCUCUAAAGGAUCUAAUAUACCAAUAUAUAGCAAUAUUAUGUACCACUCUUUCACCAGGAAUAAAUUACCGGUGGAUAUGUCAUCCGUUGAGUACAAUGUUAAAAGUCUAACGGAGAUCCUUGACUCCGCCGAUGAAAAAAGCCUUGUAAUCAUUGAUGAACUUGGUUCGAACAUGUGUGAUGCUUACGCAAAAGCUGUAUUGUCGUAUGUGGUAGAUUCUCUGGAACAAAAGAAAUGUACAGCCAUUAUUGCAACAAAUACCAAUGCAGAUUAUAUUACAAACCCAGGAUGCCAUCAUUAUAAAAUUGUAUUAGAAAAAAACACAAUAACAUUGGUUACGAACGACUCAGAUCGUAUUUGCUUUUCAUUCGAAUUUCAAAACAGCAAACUGCUGCAACAACUGGUUCCAUUAGCACAAAAGACAAAUGAUUCUACAAAUACGACUCUACAGGUCACAUUACCGGAUGAUUUACCAAUGGAAUUACAUCCAGCUGCAGAGCUGGUGCUUUCAUCUCUAGGGAACAUGCGUAUUUGUACAAACCCAAAGGAGAUUGUACAUAUAUACCCUAACGGAAUGCCCCCACCAAUGUUAAACAAUGCACCAGUGUUAUAUAUCAUGCUUAUUCCUUUAAAAGAAUCCACUAAUACGUGUGGAAACACCACUGUUCAUGAACCCCAAGAAAAGAUAGCUAUUUACGUAGGAGAAAGCGGGAAUCUCGAACUAAGACUCAAGGCACAUAGAUCGAAACCUGUUAUCACUUUGGAAAAAUAUAUGGCUAUGAAUUUUAUGAACCAUGAUAUAUCUACUACAACAUACAUGCGGAAUACAAUGGGUUGCGAAACACAGAACUCUCAAUAUUUGUGCUGGGCUGAAGCACAUACAAUUGUGUUGAAACUGACAAGUAGGAAGGAUGCUAAAAUAGCUGAGCGGAGACUAAUUAAACGACUAUACAUGAAGCAAAGUGAGGUGGUGCUUCUGUCACAAAGAGACGGUAUAUACAGAGAAUUACCUUGCGUUGACUGAUUUUUAUCUU